CUUCAUCUCUCUCUCUCUCUCCUUCUCAACUCUCUCUCUCUCUCUCUCAAGAAAGAAAGAAAGAAAGAAAGAAAGGCAUGGAACAUAAUAUGCCUUUGGCGGCUAAGAAGAUAUGGAGCAUAGUACACGCGGUGUUCUUCAUGCUGAGGAAAGAAGUAUCCAAGAGGAAAAUCAUGACGGAUCUCAACAUGAUGAUGAAGCGCGGCAAGACCGCCGGCAAGGCCAUCGGCAACCUCAUGUUCUCCCACCACCACCACGCCUCUGCUUCUGGGCGCCGCUCGCAUGACAGCCAUUCCUCGUCCUCCUCAUCAGGGCCACUCGAGUACGAGUUCAGCUGCAACAACAGCCCCGCCUUCCCGCACAAUUACCCCAACCUCCACGCCAACAAGCGCAGGUGCUGCAACCAACUGAACCACCACCUCCACAACCUCUUCACGUGCGUUCACCCGCCCCAGACCUCGGAUGACGAAAUCGUGGGCGCGUUCGACUUGGAUAUGGUAAUUGAGAUGCUGAACAACCAAAGGGAGGUGGUGGAGGCGUCGCCGAUGUUGCCGGGGUUCGGCCGGACCCCGCUGGUGCGGCCGCUGAGGAUCACGGACUCGCCCUUCCCGUUGAAUGGGGAGGAGGACGGCGACGAAGGCGUGGACAAGGCGGCGGGGGAGUUCAUAGAGAAUUUCUACAAGGAGCUGAGGCAACAAAAGUGAAUGCGCGGCUGAAAUAGCCACGCCCAUGCAUAAAAAUCUUGUUGCAGCAAUUUCCCCUUUUGAUAUUUUGUGUAGUUGAUUUUUAGUUAACGUUGGUGGGCGUGCUGAAAAGCUCUCCUCAUGAAGAGGAGGAUGUUCAUGCCUCUGAUGAAAAUAAUAAUACUGGGAGAUUAUGUUGCCCAAAUA